UGCGUGUGUCAUGUGCGUGUGUUACUUCAGUGCUUGUGAGUGUGAUGGAGCCGCAUCAGCGUUUUCCUGCGUCUAUGAAUGAAUAUGAAGAGAGCGAGACGACGCAGAUGAGAGGUGCUUCUCAAACAGAAGAUGUUUAUCAGUGUCUUCAGUACAGACCUCCUGCAGCCCAAGGAGCUAUUAACAGUACUACACUGCUCUCAAAGCACAGUGAAAGGAAGUAUGUAUUUUUACUGUUUGCCAACAUUCUUAUCUCAGCCAUCAUCCUUGUCAUUGUGGGCCUAAAUUAUUUUCACAGCAAAGAAACACAACCAACAAAAGGAGAAAAAGAAAUGUGGCUUCUCCAUGACAAUGUGUUUUAUUUGUUCUGGAGUGACCACAGUGAUUGCAGCGCUGCUGAGAGCUUCUGUUCUAAGAGAAAUGCCAGUCUGGCCAUUUUAACUGAGCAUAACAAGGUCUGGUUGAUGUCUAGAACCAAUGGAAAGCAUUUUUUGGUCUCAAGAGCCGCAUCAGAUGGAUCUGGAGACACUGCUUCUCCAUCAGUGGAUGAUGAAGAUUGUGACUGUGGCAUCUUGACGGCUGAUACAGAUCAUGGAGAAGGAUUUGUGUGUGAGAGAAGAGUGAAUCCCAUAGGCACAGCUUUCUAGAGCUUAAAUGAAAUGAAUUUGGCUUCUUCUUUGUCUUAUAAUCAUCAUUACUUUUGCCACCUUCUUCUCUAGUAGCACUUGUCCUCAUAAAGUGAUUCAGAUUAGGCCAUGCCAAUUUCACUGUUAGGUUUUACAAUGCAUCAAUGGCUAGGAAUUUUGAAUUUGAGCUGUAAUAUGAAUAGCUCCUUGGAACAAAGUUCAGCUUCCAGAGAGCAAAUAUAUAGGCCUAUGUUUUGUCUGGGUUUUUAAAAAUUAUUUUAUUAUGUCUUUAUUAUUAUUUUAAAACAUUAUUUUAUACAUUUAGUUCAUACAAUAUAAAUUUUACGUACAUUCAACUUGAAUUCAUGUUGUUGUUUUUUUUUUUUGCUUCUUUGCUGU